AUGGAAUGCUUUCGACAAGUCUUCCGGUGCUUCAAAGCACCCUUCACACGCAACAAAGGAACAAUCAUUGAAAUUGGUCAUCCCACCAACUUCCGCAAAGAAGAGUUGCCUGCCUACUUCUCUGAUGCCGAGUCAGUCCUCUCGCCCAGCCAGCUCCCGAGAGAGCGACCAGAUCUGACAAACAAAUCACAGCACGCUGACGUCGCAGGACAGUCGAACAGCGACCGCGGAGGAGAAAGACGGAGCGUUGAUCGAGAUGGUGUCCCUCCAGCCAUCGAUAUCGACGAAGAGCAAGGUUCAGAACCACGUCCGCAGAAUGAGCCUGAAACUGUCGCAACCCGCCGGGAGCGUUUAAGGCUACCUCGAUGGUGGAAGUCGAGCUCAGCUGCUGCUCAAAGUUCCAAGGCCCCGGCCGAAUCUAUCACUAUGAACGAGCUUGGAAGUGUCUGA